UUUAUCAUUAUUGGAUUAUUGUGUCACAUCACGUGACUUGUCUAAUUGAACACACUCGUGUACAAUAAAGGGUGUGUCCUUCAAACAAAGGGGGAACAACACGAAAGCCAAACCGAGUGAGUCUCAUGGUGUCACGUUGAACGCUGUGCCGAAAACUGAUUCUGUUAACAGGUUAUGGGCCCAGGAUCAAUGAAGAAACAAGGGAAAUGAACAGAAGAGAAAAAGACAUGGCACACAGCCGCUGGUCAAGACUUCUCUUUGAUGGAGACGAGAAAAAUUACGAACUAUGGGAAACAAAGUUUUUAGGACAUCUUCGAUUGCAAGGGCUGAAACAGACAAUUUUGACAAGCCCCUCCGAUGAUGACGAUGAAGAGGAAGACGCGAAGAAAAACGCUGAGGCUUAUGCAGAGCUCAUUCAGUUUUUGGAUGACAAGAGUCUAUCACUUAUCAUGCAUGACGCGGCAGACGAUGGACGUGCGGCGCUUGGAAUCCUGCGGGCCCAUUACGCCGGUAAAGGAAAGCCCAGAGUGAUUAACCUGUAUACUGAGCUGACGUCACUGCAGAAAUCACCCUGUGAGUCGGUUACCGAGUACAUCAUCAGAGCUGAGACAGCGAUCACCGCUUUAAGGAGUGCAGGUGAGGAGCUGAGCGACGGACUUCUGAUCGCCAUGGCCCUGAAAGGACUUCCAGAGACAUUUAGGCCAUUUGCUAUUUAUAUCACUCAAAGCGAAGAUGGUGAUACGUUGACUUUUGCAGAGUUUAAGACUAAACUCAGAAAUUUCGUGGCUCUUACUGUAACAUGCAGCUAUCAGCUUCUCCUGCUCCUGAUUUCCAUUCAUUCGUCUGAUCCAUGUUCUGCCACUGGCGGGAAACACGAGGCCCGCUAUGCGACCCGAUCUGAAACAAAAGCAGCAUCAGAUGCGGCUGUCAUCCUGACACAGUUAUCAGAUUGA